AUGCGCGCCUGGAAAGCGGUGGCCGGCACGCUGGCCUUCGUCGGCAUGGACGUGACAGUGACCACGUUGCUGUAUGAGCACAGCCGCAGCGCCGGCAGCAUCCUCCAGGACAUGAAGCACUUUAACAUCUUCGACUCCAUGCUGGACGUCUGGGGGGCCUGCCUGUACCGGAGCUGCCUGCUCUUGGGGGCUGCCAUCGGGGUAGCCAAAAACACCAACUACGGGCCCAAGCGACUGAAAGUGUCCCGGACUUUCAUCACGCUGGUCUGCCUCACGGUGGGGAUCUAUGCCCUGGCCAAGCUGCUGCUCUACGCGGAGGUGAGGAAGACCAUCAAGAACCCGUGGUUCUGGAGUCUGUUCGCGUGGACGUACCUGUCUCUGGCGGCCACGUUCUUCCUGUGGCAGCUGCUCUCUUCCGUGAAACCUACCAGGGAGACUUUGGGAGUAAAUUCGGAGUCUCGGACUGAAGCAGAGGAAGCAGGGGACCCCACGCCUCUCGGGGCCCAGCCAAAGAAAGAGGAGACCUCGGCAGCCACGAUUUGUAAACUUUUAUCUUAUACCAAGCCCGACAUUCACUUCCUUGUGGUGGCCUUUUUUUUCCUGCUGGUUGCUGCUUUAGGAGAAACAUUCCUGCCAUACUACACAGGCCAGGCCAUUGACGGAAUAGUCAUCCAGAAGAGCAUGGACAAGUUUACCACCGCUGUGGUGAUCAUGGCUGUUCUAGCCCUAGGAAGUUCAUUUGCCGCAGGUAUCCGAGGUGGCGUCUUUACGCUUGUCUUCGCUCGGCUGAACAUCCGGCUGCGCAACAGCCUCUUCCGGUCGUUGGUCUCGCAGGAAAUGAGUUUCUUCGAUGAGAACCUGACAGGUGACAUUAUUUCCCGGCUGACCUCAGACACCACCAUCGUGAGCGACCUUGUCUCGCAGAACAUCAACAUCUUCUUGCGCAACAUGGUGAAGGCCACGGGUGUCAUUGUCUUCAUGUUCAGCCUGUCCUGGCAGCUCUCCCUGGUGACCUUCAUGGGCUUCCCUAUCAUCAUGCUGAUGUCUGAUCUUUAUGGGAAAUACUACAAGAAACUUUCCAAAGAAGUUCAGAACGCUCUAGCAAAGGCCAACAACACUGCCGAGGAAACCAUCUCCGCCAUGAAGACCGUCCGCAGUUUUGCCAACGAGGAGGUGGAGGCCACCGUCUAUCGGGACAAACUGCAGCAAGUCUAUAAACUCAACAAAAAAGAGGCCCUGGCAUACACCUACUAUGUCUGGUCCAGUGGGCUGACUCUCCUUGUCGUCCAAGUCAGCAUCCUGUACUACGGUGGACACCUGGUGAUCUCUGACCGGAUGACCAGCGGGAACUUGAUAUCCUUCAUUAUUUACGAGUUUGUCUUGGGAGACUGCAUGGAGUCUAUAGGCUCCGUCUACAGUGGUCUGAUGCAGGGAGUUGGCGCUGCGGAGAAAGUGUUUGAAUUCAUAGAGCGGGAGCCAACCAUGCUCAACGAAGGGACCCUGGCUCCCAGCCAACUGGAAGGCAGAGUGGAGUUCAAGAACGUUACCUUCACUUACCGCACCCGACCGGCAACCCAGGUCCUGCAGAAUGUCUCUUUCACCCUGUAUCCUGGGAAAGUGACCGCACUUGUGGGCCCUUCUGGCAGCGGGAAGAGUUCCUGCGUCAACAUUCUGGAGAACUUCUACCCUCUUCAAGACGGGCAAGUCUUGCUGGACGGGCAGCCCAUCCACAUGUACGAGCACAAGUACCUGCACUCAGCGAUCUCGUUGGUGAGCCAGGAGCCAGUGCUGUUUGCCCGGUCCAUUGCAGAAAACAUCUCCUAUGGCUUGGCAUCUGUCCCUUACGAGUCGGUUGUUCAGGCUGCCCAGAAGGCCAAUGCCCACGUAUUUAUUGUGGAAUUGCAAGAUGGCUACCAUACAGAAGCUGGUGAAAAAGGAGCCCAGCUUUCCGGUGGCCAGAAGCAGAGAGUUGCUAUUGCAAGAGCGUUGAUCAGAAACCCACCGAUCCUGAUCCUGGACGAAGCCACGAGUGCCCUGGAUGCAGAGAGUGAGCACGCGAUUCAGCAGGCUAUUUAUGGAGAUGUCCAGAACCACACAGUACUGGUCAUAGCCCACAGACUGAGCACUGUGGAGAAGGCACACAGUAUCAUUGUUCUCGACAAGGGCCGUGUGGUACAGCAAGGGACCCACAAGCAGCUGAUGGAAGAAGGGGGCCUUUAUUACAAGCUGGUGCAGAGACAGAUCCUGGGCCACGAAACUGGGACAGGGGACAGCUCUCAGCCGGACGGCGGCUUGGCUGACAUCCGGAGAGAUUCUCCAAAGGCUGGACUGGCGGAGGAGUUCCGGAUAUAA